GUAAAAUCAUAUAAUGUGUAAUUUCGACCUCCACAGCUAUUUAGACUAGACUCACAACUACGUCCGUGGUCGACUUAGUCGCAGGUAAUCAUGGCAGACAAGACAGUUGUCAUAAAGACUAAGCUGGGGCAUCUGAGGGGAAGCAUCAAGCACUCUGUCCUCACCGACAACAGUUAUUAUGCGUUUCAAGGCAUCCCUUACGGAAAACCACCUCUGGGAGAUCUUAGGUUCAAGGCACCGCAGCCUUUUGGUGGCUGGGAAGGCAUCAGAGAUGCAUUAGAAGAUGGUCCUGUGGCUAAGCAGAAAAUCUUGUUUCAUACAGCGGACAUGGAUCCUGCCCAGUUUUCAGAGGGUGAAGAAGAUUGUCUUUAUCUUAACAUUUAUAUGAACGAGCUUCCAGACAGCAGCAGGCCCAAGAAACCUGUGAUGUUCUCUAUCCAUGGGGGAGGUUUUAUCGGAGGUUCAGGUGGUUUCAAAAGGGCUGGUCCUGAUAUCUUAUUAUAUGGCGAUGUCAUUUUUGUAUCGCAUAACUACAGACUUGGUGCAUUUGGGUUCCUGUCCUUGGAAAAUGAGGAUGCUCCAGGCAACGCAGGUCUGAAGGACCAGACCCUGGCUCUGAAGUGGGUCCAUGAUAAUAUUGACAGUUUUGGUGGUGACCCCAACAAUGUCACCAUCUUUGGUAUCAGUGCUGGAGGAGCUUCAGUGGGCUACCAUCUGAUAUCCCCUUCAUCUAGAGGUUUAUUCAAUAAAGGUAUCAUGCAAAGUGGGUUUGCUUUAAAUCCGUGGGCUAUUCAAGAAAAUCCACGUUCUAACGCGCUAAGACUUGCAAAACAUCUAGGAUGUAAAUCUGAAGACUCCCAUGAAGUAUUUCAAACUCUCCGAUCUGCGUCUUCUGAUGAUAUCUUAAUUGCUGCGGACAAACUGCCCACAGAUGAGGUUGUGAUGAAGAGAUUUGGUUUGACAUUUGUGCCCUGUGUGGAGACACCAGGACCCGACGCUUUUCUGACCGACAGCCCGGAAAAUGUUAUGAAGAAAGGCGACUUUGCCAAAGUCCCUAUCGUUCUAGGAUGUUGUGUCAAAGAAGGUGCCUUGUUUGGCUUCGUUGGCCUAAAUGAAGAAAAAUUUGCAGUCGUAAAUGAAAAUCCCAGUUUUGUAGUUCCGUCAUUUUUGAGACUCAAAACAGGAAGUGUGGAGGAAAAAGAAGCACAGAAAGAGAUAUGGGACUAUUAUUUAAAAGGAAACCCUAUCUCUUGGGACAACCUCUCCAGUUAUCUAUAUUGUUUAGGGGACAGUUUGUUCCACCUGGGAAUGGAGCAAACUAGGAAAUAUCUUUUGGAAAGGUCUUCAGAGUCUGUCUACUGUUACCUUUUCACCAAUCAUUCUAACUGUUUGUGUAAGAUCAUGAAAGCUAAGUAUGAUGAUCCCGAAGAAUUUUCAAGAAUUGUUACACCAUCAGAGACAUGCCAUGCAGCGGAUGCAGCUUUCGUCUACAUAGUGCACUCCAUCCUCCCAGCAUCUGAUCUGACACCCGCUUCCAAGGAAGCUAGGAUAAAACAAGCCAAAGCAUGGACUUCCUUUGCUUACAAAGGAGAUCCUAACUGCAGUGAACUUGAAGCAAUUUGGAAUAAAAACGCCAAGGAUAACCCAUGUUUCAUGGACAUUGGAACCAGUUGGAACAUGAAUCAAGGGAUACCUCUAUCGGCCAGAAUCAGUUUCUGGGAGAAGCUGUACUCGAAAUAUCGCUCUGAGUGACAUCUUGUCUACGCUGUCACGCUCUGGAAUAGUACUUAAAUUUGUGUGUGUA